GACGUGGAGUUUAGAAGGAUAGACUUUGUAUUGGCUGCAGGGCUGUUGGCUUCUCUUUCUUCAUUUCUCUCUCAAGAGAACCAGCAGGAAUAUAAAGCAGCACUUUAGAUCUCUCUGGACUGUUUCUUUGUGGGAACCGAGGAACCUUUUCUACCUGAGAGUACACUGUACCUGGCCCUGUAGAAAACAUGAGUGAUCUGCUGGACGAUGGCUCUUUCAUGUUCACGUCGGAGUCCGUAGGAGAGGGACAUCCAGACAAAAUCUGUGACCAGAUCAGUGAUGCUGUCCUGGAUGCCCACCUGAAGCAGGACCCGGACGCCAAAGUCGCCUGUGAGACGGUGUGUAAGACGGGCAUGGUGCUGCUCUGUGGGGAGAUCACAUCUAGAGCCAAUGUGGACUACCAGAAGGUGGUGAGGGACACCAUUAAACACAUCGGCUAUGACAACUCCGAAAAAGGUUUUGACUACAAGACGUGUAACGUGCUGGUGGCUCUGGAGCAGCAGAGUCCGGACAUUGCUCAGGGAGUCCACAUUGAUAGACGUGAGGAGGACAUUGGAGCUGGAGACCAGGGUCUGAUGUUUGGCUACGCCACAGAUGAGACAGAGGAGUGCAUGCCUCUCACCAUCGUCUUAGCCCACAACCUCAACUCAAAGAUGGCCGAGCUCAGACGCAACGGCACCGUUCCCUGGCUGCGUCCCGACUCUAAAACACAGGUGACGGUACAUUAUGAACAGAAGGACGGAGCUGUGAUCCCCAAGAGAGUUCACACCAUCGUGAUCUCUGUGCAGCACGACGAUUACGUCACUUUGGAGGAACAGAAGAGGGUCCUCAAAGAGAAGGUCAUCAAAGCCGUGGUUCCUGCUAAAUAUCUGGACGACAAGACCAUCUACCACCUCCAGCCGAGUGGUCGCUUCGUCAUCGGAGGACCCCAGGGCGACGCUGGUGUGACCGGCAGGAAGAUCAUUGUAGACACAUACGGAGGUUGGGGAGCUCACGGGGGCGGAGCUUUCUCUGGUAAAGAUUUCUCAAAGGUCGACCGCUCUGCUGCCUACGCCGCUCGCUGGGUGGCCAAGUCCCUGGUCAAAGCCAAACUGUGCAGGAGAGUUCUGGUUCAGGUGUCCUAUGCUAUCGGAGUGGCCCAUCCUCUCUCCAUCUCCUUGUUCACCUACGGUUCCUCCGAGAAAACAGAGUCAGACCUGCUGCACAUCGUCAACAAGAACUUUGAUCUGAGGCCCGGAGUCAUUGUCAGGGAACUGAGGCUGAAGCGGCCGAUCUACCAGGAGACAGCUUCUUACGGCCACUUUGGCCGAUCAGAGUUUACUUGGGAGGAGCCCAAAAAGCUCGUCUACUAAAAUACUCCACCUGGCUCGUCCUAAUCGACUCACCUGGACGCUGAACAAGAGGCCUCCACACAGGCUACAACCAGCCAGCUCCAUCUUUUGAUAGGACAUUUUUAUAUAAUAGGGAGAGUAAGUUAGGGCUAUGUCGGCUUUAAAGAGGUCAGGAGGUCAUAAUUUUCAUCUGACGGACAUAAAGGGACACUGCAGAGGACAUCUCAGAAACAUUUUACAAAACUAUUGGUGCUUCACAAAUAUUCAUACAGUCACUACAUACUACCUGAUAGCUUAAAUGUACAACACAGCGAGUACAAUACUUUUUUUUUUUUUUUUUUUUUUUUUUACCUCAAAGCUGUGAUAGUUCCUCUGUCAGACCAGUAUGAUGUAAACAAACAACCUCUGUGUACUUUUUAAACAACAGUACUUCUGUCACAGGGGUCAUUCCUAUGUUCCCAGGGAUCUGUGAUCGAUUGGUUUGGGCUUUCUUAGUGGUUUAAUUUUUUUUUUU